GCACUGGCCAGAGGAGUUCAGCAGCUACAGGAGCUACAGGCGCAGGCUCUAUCAAAGGGAGCUACCCACACGGCCGCGGAUUCAUUGAAGGCGGGAACGAAUGCUCUUACGCCGCUUCCUGAUCACAGAGGAGGAGCGGAGGCGUCAUUGAAGUUCCAGGAUUGGGUGGAGAUUACAUCCACAGCCAUGACCGAUGUUAGUGAAAAAUCGGGACAAUGGUGGAAAGCGGUGAUGUUGGUUGCAGAGGCCGCGUACUCAAGGUGGCUGAGCGCCACCCACUUAGAGCGUUUGUCGGUUCAGCCCGAAGGGAUGGGUCCAUUAUGUGAGGAUCCAUGGGGCAGAAUCAAUGCAAGGGCAUGUAGCCUAUUGCUCAAUGCGAUGACCCCGGAACUUCGAGCUGACAUGAUCGCGCAGCGCAUCACGCAGUAUGCCCCAGCGCUGAUGUUCAGGUGCCAGUCGAUGAGACUGCUGCCCCCAGUGAAGGGCUACCACCGUCAUCUGCAAGCAGAGCUGGAGGGGAUCCUGGGUGCGCAGCAGUCAGCAGUACCACCCGGAACAGCGGCGGUUCGGGCAGUGGAUGUUUCCUCGUCCAUACAAUCCCCAAAGGGCAACAAGCAGAAGGACAAGAGUCAGGUACUGAGUGUGAAGGACAUUCGCAUCUCUUCCAUGGAUUCUUCGUCAACGGCUCUGCUGGACAGUGGAUCAACACACUGCCUCCGGAAUGCCCACGACAUGAACGAAUGGAGGAUCACUCUUGAUGCCACCACGGACGCCGACCUCAUCGACUACGACUACAAGGGGACAUACCAUAGUUCCACUGGGAGAGCUGGUUGUCCACACCUACAAGAAGCGGAGGCAUUGUCCCUGAUAGCUCGUCUUGAGGACAGGAAAAGGGAGCAGCUGGAGAAUGUUACGGUGAUGUCCCAGGACUAUCUCGAGGCAGCAAGGAUGGUGUUCGAUGCCCCUUGGAAGGACCAGCUGACGGAAUAUGUGACCAAGGGCAUUCAAGAAGCAGGUCUUCGUGCUGUGCGUGAUGCUCCUUUCCUUGCGGACCUUCCGCGCGCAUGCGUGGACGGUCUGGUUCAGAGUGGAGUUAUGGAGGGUGGAUGGCAGGUUCUCAAGGAGAUCGAGUUUCUGACGAGGCCCCAGAGGAGGCGACUGUGGAACGCGAAAAGGUUGAUAAUCCAUUUGUUUGCGGGCGAUCCAGGCCACUAUGAGGUGUUUCAGCUGGACGAGGGCGACACCGUGGUGUUGGAGCUAGACAUUCAGCGAUGUAAGGCCCACGACAUACUUCGGACUUCUACGUGGCGGUUAUUGAUGUGGGCCGCAAUGUCUGGGAAGAUCGAUGCGAGGAGCGAGCCGAAGAUGGAGCAUGUGUGGAGAUACGUCAACUACCACAACCCAGACUUUCUCUACCUGGGCGCCGGGGCUGGUGAAGGCUCUUGUGCUCGCAUUGAGGCUUUGGACAAGGCAUCCCCAAUGCGACCAGUCGCAGCAGGACUUGAUGUCACAAGCAAGGGGACGAUGGGACGAAACCUGAAGUACUUGAUGAUUGCGCGGUACAACUUACCGGUUGAAUAUGUGAAGGGUUACACCGCAAGAGAGCCUCCUGGUGAUCAUGGUUUAAGUGGUGAGAUACCUGUGGAGCAAGACGGCAGUGCUGACAAGGAACUCGGAGCAGAACCUUCUCAAAAACCACCACAUGAAGAUGGGGAGGGCAAGAAGAGUAGAGAAAUAGUUUUCGAUGGCAGUGCUGACGAGGAACUCGCAGAACCUUCUCGACUACCACCACACGAAGAUGGGGAUCCGUUUAUUUUGGAACCAGGUGAGCAGGGUCCUUUACUUGAUGAACCAGGUGAGCAGGGUCCUUUACUUGACGAACCAGGUGAGCAGGGUCAAGGGACGCGCCAGUCAAGUGAGGAUGUGGACUUCAUUGGCGGCACCCGCAGGCAACAGGCCGAAUACCAGGACUAUGACGACUCAAUGUAUGAGCCUUCAGAACCAGAGGACCCUCCCAAGGAGCCAAAGGAGGAUUUGAUCCAGAGACCAGGUGAGCCAGAUCCCCAUCAGGACUGUGUGGCCCCCGCGUCAACCUACCUGUUGUUUGCCAAGGCGUUACCGAGCAAUGGGUCAGCUGUGGUCAAGGCAGCAAUGCAGGAUGUUAUUCUGUAUUUGCAGGCGCAUGGGUUACCGAUCUACCGGCUACAUGCGGAUAAGGGCGAGACCUACAACCACUCAGUCCGACAAGGCAAGAACACUACUGCUAUCUUCAAGGCUACCAACUCGACUCUGGCCUACGGCGGUGGACGCUAUGUUGGAUUGAGCAGCAUAUUGGACAAUGGACAUGUGGUGUACAUCCCGGAUGAACAGGGAACAAGGGAGAAGUUUAUUCACACCUUUCAUGUUCGACCUCGGCUAAUCGACCCAGGCCUACCUCAACAAGAACUCAUUGUGGACGACCCGCCGAGACCAAGGCGAAGAGUUGAGGGCAAGACUCCGCUGGCGUAUGUGUAA